UAUAACACGAUCUCUUUCAUCAGUUGUUAAUUUCACAUACGUCAAGACACACCAAGCAUGAACAGACAAGGCUUCCUUUCUGUAAUCAUCGGUUUAGUAUUAAUGGCAUCUGCUAUUUUUCCUGCAGAAUGUCAAAAUACGAACCCGACCACGGAAGAAUGGACCACUUCAUGGUCGCCGUCGACUGCGGCCCCGACCACGGAAGAAUGGACCACUUCAUGGUCGCCGCCGACUGCGAGCCCGACCACGGAAGAAUGGACCACUUCAUCGUCGCCGUCGACUGCGGCCCCGACCACGGAAGAAUGGACCACUUCAUCGUCGCCGUCGACUGUGACCCCGACCACGGAAGAAUCGACCACUUCAUCGUCGCCGCCGACUCCGACCCCGACCACGGAAGGAUCGACUACUUCAUCGUCGACUACGUUAUCAUCCACUGAAAAAUUGACCGAUCAGACGACGUCCACAAAAAAACCGACCACGCCUUCAGAUAAGAGUGCUAAUAAAAUGAUACAUAAUAUAAUCACGAUAAACAACUGUGUGCAAUAACGCAACUUGAUAUAUAAUCCCGAUCUAAUAGUCACUUUUAUUUUGCAGUACUUUGUUUUGCAAAUAAAACAAUUAGGAAAUAUUAUACGGUUUAUUUUAAAAGACAAAAAAGAUUUUCUCUAAAUUGUAAUGUAAUAAAUUUUUUGACGCAAAACAUUUAAUGUUCUUUUACUUCUCGUGAAUAAGCGAAAAUAACGUGAAGAUAAGUAAGCCCUGUUGUUGCGCUCGGGAUCGCCACGGAGGAACGUCAGGCGUAUACUGGCCAAAUUCAGGGCUAACAAGAUCUUGUCUCACCUCUCUCUCUCUCUCUCUCUCUCUCUCUCUCUCGAGCAGAAGGGUUCUAUCUAUUCCCUUUGUGCGAUCUCUUCGAUCUUACGCUAUAUCGGCUCUCCCACUAUUUUCUCACAAGCUUCACCGGCUCCGUCUUUUACUUCAUUAUGUAAGAUUCUGUAUGUAUGAAAGAUGCGAGAACGAAUCUGCAAUACCGACGUAGCCGAAAUCGGAGCAGGAUUCGAACAGGUGUUACUAUAUAGAUAGAUAUUAAAUAUUUGUAAGUAGGAUAAUAAAGUGAGGGCGUGCAUGACGAAAAAUGAUAAUACAGUGGAAAGAGAAAAGACUGAGAACAGACAGACGUGAUCGGACAGUGUUACAGUAAAGACAGAGGAAAAGCUGAAAAAGAGAGUGAUAAAUCACGAAAGGGUAAUCGAGGCGUGCGUGCUUUGAUUUAUCCGGGUAAAAUCUGUUGAAGUAGCGGGUUGCGCCGCAAAGCAAAUUUCGUAUAAUAAACCAGUGUGUGAAAAAAAAGCAACCAUCCUGACUGAGAUUCUUACAAUUACGUUUUAUUUCCAGCCGGUUCCGUCCAGCCGCGUUAUUCGGUUUUAGUCUUGUUUCAGUCCUUCGCAACACUCCGAACUCGCUUUCCACAGUAUUUCUUCUUUUUUUUCUCACGUUGUCUUUUAAUCUUUCAUGCUGAAAGUUUGCUGGUAUAUUUAUGACGUGGCUU